AUGACCGUGCUGGAAGUCGCUGAAGCUGCCGGAAGCAACAGUCGAACGAUGCCAAUCAAGCCUCGGCCAUACUCUUGCUCGCUGUGCGACACCGCGUUCACGCGUGCGGCGCAUCUAAGACGCCACGAGAACUCCCGUAGGAUCACCAGCGAUACCCGUUUGCUAUCUCACACUCAUGAUCUCGACAGAUACGUCGGAGAAGAAGUUCUGUUGUCCCACAUGCUCGGUGGUGUCCACACGAAAAGACGUGAUCGUGCGGCAUCGCCUGCGCAACAACCGGACUCGGGAGGCGGAAUAGACGUGCCCCCGCCACUGCAGCGCGUGCCGGCUCUGUCCGAAAAUGGUGGCAGUCCCGAGGAGGGGGCAUCCCAACGAACACCAUCCGUGCCACCCAUGUACUUCCCAGCUUCAGAGACCCUGAGCCAGGUAGCCCCCGAGAACAUGAACUUCCUGCACUCCAGCCUCACCCCAUUCGAAGGUUGGAGCAUCCCGGAUGUUGUUAUGGCAGACGGAACGGCUAACAGCAAGGAACUGCCCGACCACUCCGCUAGAAGUGCGUCGCAAGGCCAAGUACUCAGUGUUGGCGAUCCCGUCUUGGAGCUACGGGAUCAGGGGUCUGCGGUCGCUGCCAUCCCGGGCUUUGAUGAAUACUUCCUGAACCACUUCAGUCAGAAGUCUCCGCCAUAUCGAUUCAGCGACCAGGGCUACGAGCAGGCUCGGGCCAACCUCAUCCUCUUCGCCAAGGGCAAAGACACUGCGCAACCAUGGUUUCCAUCAAAAUACGUGGUCAUCCGCUUCGUAAAGGCUUUUUUCCAGCAUAUGACACCACAUCUCCCCAUCAUACACGAGCCGACCUUCGAUAUCACCGUCGCCCCACCGCCGUUGCUCUAUCAAGUCAUGGCGUUUGGCGCUUUGUAUCUGACCGAAAAUGACAUUGCUUUUAAGCUGCACACAAUUGGCACAAAGCUGAUUAUCGAAAACCAACAAGAGGCCCUCUUUAGCAUCAAUGAGAGCCCCUUCGCGCUCUGGACCUUCCAGUCAUUCAUACUCAUCAACGUCUUCAAAGCCUACACCGCUGCUUCGCUUACGGAUUCUCAAGCGCUAAGAAUUUUCUCCUUUACGAUUCAGCUCGCGCGUCAAUCCUUGCCAGAGGUACAGAAGCCCCGCUCUAUGAUAUACAAGGAAUGGGUAUAUGAAGAGUCAGUCAGCAGGUGCCUGGCUUGGUGUGUUGUUCUUGCAGCCAUGUUUGGUUCUCAGACUCGAGAGCAAUUCUUCUCCUUUCCUCUAUCGGAAAAAGGCUUCCCUCUACCAUCCCACCACGGCGAAUGGCAGCUAGAUGAAGCCCAAUGGCUCGGGCUUGCCACUCAGCCGCUGGACCAUCUGGAAACAUUCACAGGCAUACUUUCCGGGCAGCGACGGGCCGAUGAUAUUAGCACAUUCGGACUCCUGGCACUCACAGCGUCUCUGGUUUGUCGGAUCUGCUCGUUCGAAAGGAGUUUUACAUUGGAGCACCCAUUCCUUUACAGGGCCUUCGCAGCACAAAUGGACCAACCACUGGAGAUUUUGAACGACAUGUGGAGUUGGCAGGCAAGGCCCCUAGAGGAAUGGGGUUCGACGCGGGAUCCGUUGGCGCAGUGCACGAAUGCUCUACUGAGUCUGGCAUUCCUUCAUCUCUAUGGAAGCCAGCCACUUGACCGCAUGAAGAAGAUUCUUAUAGACCCGAGUUCUUACACCGACGUCGCCUCCUUGUUCGACUUUAUGUCUGACCAACCGCAUGCCCCAGUCGGUUUGCAUAAAGCCCUUGUACGAGCAGCUGAGGACUUCAGACACGAUUGUCGGAUAGGCAUAGGAUACCUUCAGAAAGUUGCUCCUCACAGGUUUUCCCCCCUUUCGGCCAGCUCCAUGUGUGAGACAGCACUACUAUUGACCUGGUAUCAAGCCUCCAAAACUUCCGGACAAGCUUAUGUAGAAUACUGGCAUGACAUUGAGGUCUGCCUCACCGAAGCUGCAGUAGAGCUUUGCGGGUCUGACGUCUCCGAAAAGCCGCUCGAGCUGUCCUCGUCUCUCGAUACAUAUGCAAAGAUGCUUGACAAAAAUACCGUCUGGCAGUGGCCCGUCACCCUAGCUCGUCUCAUGAGCAGUGCUGCGGAUCAAAUAAGGAAGGUUGGUCAGUAG